AUGAUAAUCAAGCUUCAACGUCAGAAUUUCGCUAAAUUCGUUGCGUUGAUUAUCAUAUGCAUCAAUUUAAUUGAAGGCCAGACAAGUAAAGACUCUCGGUCGCUUUGCGCUGAGUUCGAGGAAAAGUGCUAUUUUGAUCGACGGUGUUGUAACCCAGAUUAUGUGUGCAAGCCAAUGAAAAGGGGAUCAAAUGUUCUUGAAAAAAGAUGUCUCAAACCAGAAUGCUAUUCAAUACUGCGAAAAAGGCUGUUGGGAGAUGCCUGCGAAUCAUCUUUUGACUGUCAUAAUGUAGUCUUUACAAUGUGUACAAAAGAAAAUAAGUGCGAGUGUCAAUCACAUUUCAUCGCAGUUAACAAUUCAAGAUGCAUGUCACCGUUGAACGAAUUUUGUCUGAGCGAUAGUGAUUGUUUAACUGACAAUUCUACGUGCAAUGAUUCUCAAUGUAAAUGCAAAUUCGAUUUUCGACCAACAUUAUCUAACAAAUGUGAACCAAAGAAGUUGUUGAAAUUUUGUAGAAAUAAUGAGGACUGUGCUGAUAUAAUCCAUGCAAAAUGUUCUAUAGACAACGAAUGUGUGUGUAGAGAAAAUAAUGUUGCAGUAAAUGAUUCAGUUUGCUUACCAGCAAUGAAUUCAUUCUGUUGGAACAAUGAACCAUGUGCAGUCGAAAACUCUGAUUGCAUUGAUAAAAUGCCGUGUAAACAUGACAUAGAUUGCGUUGACAUGAAAAAUUCAGAAUGUUAUAUGAAAAAGUUUUGUCACUGCACAGAAAAUUCUAUAAAAUUGAACGAGACAUUUUGUGCACCACUUUUGGGCGGCUAUUGCUCUAAUGAUCGACAAUGUGUACCCGAUAAUUCUCUUUGUGUUGAUAAUUUGUGUCAAUGCAAAACAAAUUUCGCUCCUAUCGCUCAUUAUAACUCCGUUAAUAAUUAUCAAACCAUGCUCUUGUUAUCAGUUCCUUUAGGACGGUACUGUAGAGCUGAUUCCGAAUGUAUAGAUAAGAAACACAGAGAAUGCUCUCGUGAUAAUAAGUGCGUUUGUAAACCCAAUCACAUAUCUGUGAACGAAUCAACAUGCCUACCAGUUCUUGAUGGAUUCUGUAUUACUGACGAUGACUGUCAGCCUGAGAAUUCAUUUUGUUCCAACUAUUAUUGCCGAUGUAAACCCGAUUUUUUGGCUAUAUCUGGCGACCUAUGUGUAUUAAACGAUUUAGCCAUCACUUGCAAUUAUCUUAACGAUUGUAAUAGCUUUGGAGAUUAUGCAAUAUGUUCAUCGAAAAAUCAAUGUGAAUGCAUGCCUAAUACCAAACUAUACCAUGAUGUUUGCUUGGCAAUUAUCGAUGGAAGUUGUAAGAGCAAUAAAGAUUGUAUCGUUCAACAUUCUAAAUGUACCAAUGGCAAAUGUAUCCCCCCAGUGCUGGAAUGA